AUGGUUGAAGAUAGUAGUGAAAAUGAGGGUGAUGAAUCCACAGGACCAAGCUAUUUUUCAGAGAUAUGUAAUUACAAUUAUAAAUCCAUUGGUGGAUCCAGAAGUGAAUCUGAUAGUGAAGCCGAUAGUGAAUCCGAAUAUAUAUGUAAUGAUAAUUCCGAUACUGAAAUUACAACU